CCCUCUCCCUCUCUCUCUCCCCCUCUGUGUCCAAGCUCAGGAGCGUCGUCUGUGUCAGUGGUCAGAGAGUCACAGACGCGUGUGCAGUAGAAACACGCAGCGUGGUGGGUGCCGCAGGUGUCGGCAGCUCUUGCGUGUGUGGUGUGUGUGUCCUUGAGCGCACGCAGACUCCCGGUCAUAGACUGCCGCAGGAGAAAGAGGAGGAGGAGAGGGAGAGAGGAGCAGGAGGAACAAAUGGCCCAGAGGAGGUGAUGGAGAGCGUCACGGCGAUGCUCGGUGAAUGACUGAGGACCGAGAGUGAAGUUCAACCCUCCACUGGUUUGCGUAAAACGGUGUCUGUAUUCUCUGAAGUUUCAAAAUGGAGUCCGCUCACCUCCUGGGCAGCGCUAAGAAGAGAGUAAAGAUCCACCCUCACACCGUCACAGCCAAAUACGCCACACACACACCAUACUCUCCUCAGCCCGGGGUGCACACACACUUCCCUCAACCCGGGGACGAGGGCUACGACGAUGCCCCGUCUUUUGAAGACUUUGGCUCCUUUCUGGAGGAGACGUCAGACAAGAAGAAGCUGACGGAGAGCAGGAAGUGGCCUCUGGCUCUGUUCAGCUCCAAAGACAAAGACAAGGAUACAGCACAAAAACCUCUGGGUGCCGGCGGGGUGGAUGGCAAUGAGGGGGCAGCCAAAGCAGCAAAGGGGUCUGGGAAAGGGGUCGGGGAACAGCUUGCCAGUUUUGGCGAGGCAUCAGUGUCGGCAUCUCGCCUCACCUGGGUGGGGCUGCUCGGUGCUGCGCUGGCUCACGGCUGUUUGAUUGUUCUGACCCGACUGGCCUCUGAACGCUUCAGCCUCGGCCCUCUGUUUCUACUCUUAGUUCGAUCCAUCGUCCAGCUCCUCUCUGUGGCUGUACCACUGCACAGAGGUGAGAACCCUUUUGGACCGGAGGGCUAUCGUCUACGUCUGUUCUGCUACGGCAUUGCUUAUUCACUCUCCCUCUGCUGUGCCUACUCAUCCUUAAGCUUCAUCUCUCCUGGAGACGCCACAACGACCUGGCGCCUGGCAACCACAGCACUGUCGGCGACUCUGGCCUUUCUGCUCCUGGAGGAGAGACUGGGGUUGGCUGAUGGGAUCACCAUAGCGGCAGGGCUCUGUGGUUUGGGGCUUGUUCUACUUCCCACAGAAGAUGAGAGCAACUCAAAUUCACCAACUGACCCGGCCGUGUUCUGGAAAGGGGCUUUUGGCUGGUCACUUUCAGCACUUGCAGGACUGUGGAUGGCCCUAGCGCUGGUCAGCUAUCGCUCCCUGAAGGAGAGGGUGGGAGUGGGCACAGCUUUGUUCACAGUGAGCUGGACGAGCUGUCUGCUUGCCCCAGCCUCCCUGGCUCUCCUCCAGGAAGGAUGGUCCUGGCCCAUGAGUGCCCCAGCUUGGGGCCUGGUCCUGGGCCUGGUUGCCUGCUCGGCAGCAGCCUUCCUGGGGAUGACGCACGCCCUCACACGACUCCACCCGGCGCUGGUGUCAGCCUCUCAGAGCCUGGAGGUACCUGUUGCGAUGCUGCUGCAUCUCGCCGUGCUGACUCUGUUCCCCACCGCGCCUGAGCUCGUCGGGAACGUGAUGGUCAUACUCAGUGUUGUUUGGCUGGUGGCCAUGAAGCUGCUUCCCUCUCGAGGGGCCGGGCGGCGGCAGAGGGAGGAAUAUGAAGAGAUUCUGGACUCGCCCAUCAAAUAAACACCUCCAGUUUGCUCUUUACACUUCCUCUGCUGCUCACUCCCUCCCUCCUACAUGAGAUUGAUUCCACUGUACAGAAGAGACUGCUUAAUGAUGACUGGAGCUGUAUCUAUUUUGUAUUGUCGUCUUUGCUUUUGGGAAAGUGCCAAUAUUGUGUUGUCUGUUCUAGUGACUGUGUGAUGUGACAUUAAAAUCUCGCUGAUUGACCACAAUGCAAUCAUGGCACCACUUGAAA